UUUGGGCGGGACCGAGGUACUGUGCAAGUUUCUUUUUCCUUUUGACGCCACAGAUCGUUAUCAUCUCUCUUUUAUCACUUCCUCUCUGUCUUGCUCUCCGCUUGUUUACUGAUGGUUUCUCUACCACUUGUAGUGAUCGCACUCCUCCCAUUCACUCUUGCUGCUCACCAACCGGAUGUACGCGUUGUUCAUGCCCCAAUUGUGCGACGAAGUCAUUCCAACCGAGUUGCGAACUUACCAAAAGCUGUGGAAGCAUUGCGGAAGAAGUAUGGUUAUGAAGCAACGAAUUCGAACGUGAGGAGCACAAAUUCGAAGCGAGCAAGCACUGCUGCAAUUCCCAUCACGGACGAGGAAAACGAUUCCAGUUACUCAGGCGUUGUGAGCAUUGGAACUCCACCACAGAACUUUAAUCUUGUGCUCGAUACUGGCUCUUCUGAUCUUUGGGUUGCAACAACCUCAUGUACCUCUUGCGGAUCAGAUGUUCCCAACUUUAACCCCUCAAAAUCGUCGACAUACAAGGCUACCUCCUCCCUCUUGGAGCUUGAUUAUGGUUCAGGAUCGGCGCAAGGUAUUAUCGCCCAAGAUAGAGUCACCUUCGGGUCCUUCGAAAUGUCUCAGGAACUACUCGCUGUUACUAACAUUACUUCUGGCUUGAUCGACGAUGGACUCUCAGGCAUCAUGGGUCUCGGGUUUGCCUCUAUUUCUGGUCUCCAGACCACCCCUUUCUGGGAAGCCCUGUAUAACGCCAAUGAUCUCUCAGAACCCUUGUUCUCUUUCUACCUUGAACGUUAUGUCAACCAACCAAAUCAGAUUAGUGCUGCCCCGGGCGGUAUGCUCACUCUCGGAGGAACAAAUUCGAGUUUGUACCAGGGCUCCAUCGAGUACAUGAACCUGACCGGUCCGCCAUCAUAUUGGUUACUCUCUGUCAGCUCGGUCACUGUACAGGGCAAGACCAUUACCGUUGACCCACCUAGUGGUCUUGCUGCCAUCGACACGGGCACUACCCUCAUCGGGGCACCCACACCCAUUGCUGCAAGUAUUUGGGCUCAAGUCCCUGGAUCCACAGAGCUUGCUGGAGAUUGGCAAGGCUUAUAUGCAUUCCCCUGCGACACUAAUGUCACAGUUCACAUCUCCUUCGGCGGUACCAACUGGGCGAUCAGUCCCCUGGACAUGAACCUCGGGACACUCAACGACACAAUGAUCGGCAACGCGAAUACCACUUCUCAGAUGUGUGCUGGCGGGAUCUUCGAUAUUGGCAUUGGCAGCACUCCUGCUUGGAUUGUCGGCGACACGUUCCUGAAGAAUGUGUACUCCGUUUUCCGUGCUAGUCCUGCUGCCGUUGGCUUUGCCCAGCUUGCCAGUGGCUUGAGCUCUUCAACCGGACCUUCCGACCCGAACCCAGUGCAGGUGACUGGCUUGACACCCCUACCUACUAGUACCUGCGCAAGCUCGAGUGGAAGUACGACGAGCGGUAGCACAAGCUCUGGAUCUAUUUCUUCUCACAAGAACAUCGCCGUAUCCCUUACUCUUCUCGCCUCCGUGGCAGGCUGCUUCACCCUCUUCCUCUAAGCAGAGCCUAUGCACACUG